AUGAAAGUACCGUGGUCCAAGGCGCAAGAGGCGGAGAAAGCAGUCACUUCGUCGGAUUCUUCUGGCAACCAUGAAGAUUCUCCUGCGACUGCUCGUACCGGACCCGACGCUUCUCCUGGGACGGUCGACGAUGAAAAGGGAGCGGGUAAUGAUUCAGAUUUGAUCACAUCCAGUUUACAAAAUCAACCAGAGUCAGAGCCAGCCGCCGCCGCCUUCGCCUCCGCCGCCGAUCCGAAGAAUAUUGUCGAGACAGAAAACCACGAAGAGUUAACUCGCACUACCACCGCGUCCACCGACCCGGGCCGGCCAGGCGAGGACGAUGAAACCAAGUAUGCCACCGGUCUGCCUCUUCACCUGCUUACGGUCGGUCUCGUCUUGUCGACGUUCGUCGUGGCCCUCGACAACACAAUCAUCGCCACCGCCAUACCCAGGAUCACCACCGUCUUCAAUUCGUUGGACGACGUCGGCUGGUACGGCUCAUCUUACCUCCUGACCACGACUUCACUUCAACCAUCUUUCGGCAAGGUUUACACCUACUUCAACGUGAAAUGGACAUAUAUGUUUGCCCUGAUCAUCUUCGAAUUCGGGUCGGUGCUAUGCGGUGCAGCUGUCAAUUCGACCAUGUUGAUCGUCGGUCGCGCAAUUGCCGGGUGUGGUGCCGCAGCCCUGUUCUCGGGAGGUAUGACCAUCAUCGGUUAUUCCGUUCCCUUGCGAAAGAGACCUCUGUAUAUAGGUCUUCUCUCCUCCAUGUUCGGCAUUGCCUCCGUCGUAGGACCACUGCUCGGAGGGGCGUUGACUGAUCGAGUAACCUGGCGAUGGUGCUUCUACAUCAACCUCCCGAUCGGUGGGAUCGCAAUCGCGGCCGUCUUCUUCUUCUUCACCAACCCAGAACGCAGACACAGCAGUCUCACGUUGAAGGAGAAGAUUGCUCAGAUCGAUCUGCUCGGCGCAUUCUUCUUGAUUUGCGCCAUUGUUUGCUUGCUCCUUGCCCUCCAGUGGGGCGGCACGACGUACCCGUGGUCCAAUUCCAAAGUUUGGGGGUGCCUAUUGGGUUUCGGCCUCCUCAUCAGCGUGUUCACCGGAAUCCAAAUCUGGAAGGGCGACCUCGCGACAUUGCCUCCUCGAGUCAUGCUCAGACAACGCACGGUCUUCGUAUGCGCCUUUUUCUCGGCCUUCCUCGCCAUGGGUUUGUACACUCAUGUCUACUAUCUGCCUUUUUACUUCCAGGCGGUGAAGGGAACUUCGGCAGAAGGGUCCGGGAUUAGGACGAUUCCAUACCUGGUCAGCAUUACCCUAUCGUCCAUCGCGGUUGGAGGGAGCAUCACCGCACUCGGCCCAUAUGUGCCAUUCACCUGGUUUGGUUCGGCUGUUUUCGCCGUUGGUUCUGGACUUCUACACACACUCAAGGUCGAUUCCUCCACCGGGACGUGGAUCGGGUACCAAAUCCUCGCGGGGGUCGGAGUGGGAGCUUGCGUGCAAAUCCCUUUUAUCGCCGUUCAGGUUGUUCUCACCAAGAAGGACAUGCCGGUCGGAAAUGCUGUCGCCAUCUUCUUCAACUCCCUGGGCGGUGCAAUUUCCAUAUCCAUUGCCCAGAACAUCUUCUCCAACGGAUUGGUCAAGGAGAUUCCAAAGUAUACCAAGGGUGUCAAUCCCCACACCAUCAUUGGGGCCGGUGCAACCCAUAUCCGCGAAGUCACUCCGGCAUCGCAGCUUGCUGGUGUACUCAAAGCGUACGACAUUGCGGUGACAAAUGCUUAUAUCCUAGCAAUAGCAUGUGCAUGCAUUGCAUUUCUGUUGUCGUUCGGCUUUGAGUGGAAAUCCGUCAAGGGUCAGAAACUCGAAUUCGGAGGCGGAGCAUAG